AUGAAGAUGAUGAGCACCGUUGUUUCUAUCAAGUUAGUUGGAGCAAUCUUUAUUGUGUUGCAAUUUGCGAUUCUCUUGUCCAACUAUUCUGGAGCUGUAGCUGCUGCAAAAAAUGUUUCUUCCGUUUCUGGUGGUUGCAAAGAGAAUGAGAGACAUGCUCUCCUUGAGCUGAAGGAAAGCAUGGUGUUAUAUAACACUUCUCUUUUGCCUACUUGGGACAGUAAGAUUGAUGGUUGUUGUGCAUGGGAAGGAAUCACGUGCAGCAAUCAAACUGGUCAUGUUGAAAUUCUUGAUCUAAACGGCGAUUAG